GUGUAGUGUGCGCUCCGCGGGUGCCGGUGUUCGGUGUCCUGUUCGCACGAUAUAACCAUGUCCUACGCCAACGAAGAGUUUGAAGGUUCUUAUGAUCCAUACAAUUACCAGGCAGAUUAUGAUAUGCAUACUGGUGACCCUAAGCAAGACCUGGCUUAUGAACGACAGUAUGAACAGCAGACUUAUCAAGUCAUCCCUGAAGUAAUUAAAAAUUUCAUUCAGUACUUCCACAAGACUGUGUCUGACCUUAUUGACCAAAAAGUGUAUGAGCUGCAGGCCAGCAGAGUGUCCAGCGAUGUAAUAGAUCAGAAGGUUUAUGAAAUCCAGGACAUCUAUGAAAACAGCUGGACCAAACUCACAGAGCGAUUUUUCAAGAAUUCCCCUUGGCCUGAAGCAGAAGCCAUUGCACCUCAAGUUGGAAAUGAUGCAGUGUUCCUGAUUUUAUAUAAAGAAUUAUAUUACAGGCACAUUUACGCCAAAGUCAGUGGUGGUCCAACACUGGAGCAGCGUUUUGAAUCCUAUUACAAUUACUGCAACCUCUUCAACUACAUACUCAAUGCUGAUGGACCUGCUCCUUUAGAACUUCCAAACCAAUGGCUGUGGGACAUUAUAGAUGAAUUUAUUUACCAGUUCCAGUCAUUCAGUCAAUAUCGUUGUAAAACAGCCAAAAAAUCAGAGGAGGAGAUUGAAUUCCUGCGCUCCAACCCCAAGAUCUGGAAUGUCCACAGUGUACUAAAUGUUCUACACUCAUUGGUUGAUAAGUCCAACAUCAACCGCCAGCUGGAGGUCUAUACCAGUGGAGGGGACCCUGAAAGUGUGGCUGGGGAAUAUGGGCGACACUCUCUUUACAAGAUGUUGGGUUACUUCAGCCUUGUUGGUCUCCUGCGUCUCCACUCCCUGCUAGGGGAUUAUUACCAAGCCAUCAAGGUGCUGGAGAAUAUUGAGCUUAACAAAAAGAGCAUGUAUUCACGUGUGCCUGAGUGCCAGGUCACUACAUAUUACUAUGUAGGCUUUGCUUACCUCAUGAUGAGGAGAUAUCAGGAUGCCAUCCGUGUGUUUGCCAACAUUCUGCUGUAUAUUCAGAGGACGAAGAGUAUGUUUCAAAGGACCACAUACAAGUAUGAGAUGAUUAACAAGCAGAAUGAGCAGAUGCAUGGUCUUCUAGCCAUCGCCCUCACCAUGUACCCCAUGAGAAUUGACGAGAGCAUCCACACUCAGCUAAGAGAGAAAUAUGGGGAUAAGAUGCUUCGCAUGCAGAAAGGAGAUGCCCAGAUCUAUGAGGAGCUUUUCAAUUAUGCUUGCCCCAAAUUCCUGUCCCCAGUGGUCCCCAAUUAUGACAACGUUCAUCCCAACUACCACAAGGAGCCCUACCUGCAGCAACUUAAGGUGUUCCUUGAUGAGGUGCAGCAGCAAGCCCAGCUUUCCACAAUAAGAAGUUUUCUGAAACUCUAUACAACCAUGCCUGUAGCCAAACUGGCUGGAUUCUUGGAUCUCCCAGAACAAGAGUUCCGUAUUCAGUUACUGGUUUUCAAACACAAAAUGAAGAACUUGGUUUGGACCAGUGGUAUUUCUGCCCUCGAAGGAGAAUUCCAGUCUGCCUCAGAAGUAGACUUCUACAUAGAUAAGGAUAUGAUACACAUUGCAGAUACUAAAGUUGCUAGGCGGUAUGGAGACUUCUUCAUACGACAGAUUCACAAGUUUGAGGAGCUGAACAAGACCCUAAAGAAAAUGAGCCAGAAACCUUAACAUGACUCAACUAUUUAUAGAUACAGUUUGUCAAACCUUAAAUCUGUGGAACAUACACAGAAAAGGACUUCAACAACUUUUAAUAAAAUACCUUCAAUUCUCUAUUCUGUUAUCUCUUCUUAAAUAAGAUGUCUCGCCUAAUAAAGUUUGUAAAGGUA